AACUUGAGUAGGACGUCGCUAAACUCCGCUUCCAAGUAAACUCCGUCUUUGGUUAAUCCUAGAAUAACACUACAUAACGGUCAUGGGUGGAGUUGAACACUAUCCUGUCCUAUUGUAUGAUACCAAAACCUCAUAUUAUAAGUAUUUAGAGACGGGAAUUUGGUUAUUGUCCGACGGUAUAAACGACGAUGCCGUCGGCCUAAUAGGUUUCAACGUCGUAGAGCCAUUGUAGUUGUUAGGUCGGCCGAGACCUCGGAUAUCGCGAUGUCUGCUUUGAAGAAGCAUUACAUGGCCUUCCAGAGGGAAAAAAAGAAUUCAACUGCGGCCCUUUAUGGUUCACCCGACUAUGUCUACGGUAAUAACGAAAAUAAACCUGAGGACAACGAAGCUUUCUCGCGGGACUAUCUUACCGAAGUUGCAAGUAUCCAUGCUCGGAACGGUAUCGAGAUGUACCAGCAGAUUUUUGCACCGGCACCAUAUCGCGCCGCCUUGGAGGAGAUGAACCAUCACAAGAACCGGAGCUGGGUCGAGAAAUACGUUGAUGGCGGCAAGGUUGUGAAUGUUGGCCCGGAUGGGAAUGGGUGCGAAACUGGAGUAUCUAAGAAGCAACUUGAACACCAGAAUUGA